AGGCCCGGGCCGGCCUGUCAGUCAGAGCGCGGCUGGGUAAGCGCCUGGGGGCCCGCGGGGCCGGCGCAGCCAUGGCGGCGGUGUUUGACCUGGACCUGGAGACGGAGGAAGGCAGCGAGGGCGAGGGCGAGCCAGAGUUCAGCCCCGCGGCCCCCAGCCCUUCCCCUGCGUCUCCCUUUCCUGCCCUCGCCUCUCCUCCCCAGUCCUGGCCCAUCGCCUGCCAGCUCCCGUUCCUCACCAUCUCCACGCCUGGGCCAAGCAGUCCAGCUUGCGGGGAGGGAGCCUGGCACCUCCCUUGGCUCUUACCCCUCGGUUUCUCACAGGACGUGUGUCCCCUUGCCGAGUUGAGGGCGGCUGGCCUGGAGCCUGUGGGACACUAUGAGGAGGUGGAGCUGACUGAGAGCAGUGUGAACCCGGGCCCUGAGCGCAUCGGGCCCCACUGCUUUGAGCUGCUGCGUGUGCUGGGCAAGGGGAACUAUGGCAAGGUGUUCCAGGUGCGAAAGGUGCAGGGCACCAAUGUGGGCAGAAUAUAUGCCAUGAAAGUCCUGAGGAAGGCCAAAAUUGUGCGCAACGCCAAGGACACGGCACACACGCGGGCUGAGCGGAACAUUCUAGAGUCAGUGAAGCACCCCUUCAUUGUGGAACUGGCCUAUGCCUUCCAGACUGGCGGCAAACUCUACCUCAUCCUGGAGUGCCUCAGUGGCGGCGAGCUCUUCACACAUCUGGAGCGAGAGGGCAUCUUCCUGGAAGACACGGCCUGUUUCUACCUGUCAGAGAUCACACUGGCCCUGGGCCAUCUCCACUCCCAAGGCAUCAUCUACCGGGAUCUCAAACCUGAGAACAUCAUGCUCAACAGCCAGGGUCACAUCAAACUGACGGACUUCGGCCUCUGCAAGGAGUCGAUUCACGAGGGUGCCGUCACCCACACCUUCUGCGGCACCAUUGAGUACAUGGCCCCUGAGAUUCUGGUGCGCAGUGGCCACAACCGGGCGGUGGACUGGUGGAGCUUGGGGGCCCUGAUGUACGACAUGCUCACUGGAUCGCCACCCUUCACUGCAGAGAACCGGAAGAAAACCAUGGACAAGAUCAUCAGAGGGAAGCUGGAGCUGCCCGCCUACCUCACCCCGGAUGCCCGGGACCUCGUCAAGAAGUUUCUGAAGCGGAAUCCCAGCCAACGUAUCGGGGGUGGCCCCGGGGACGCCGCUGAUGUGCAGAGGCACCCCUUCUUCCGGCACGUUAAUUGGGACGACCUCCUGGCCCGCCGCGUGGACCCCCCUUUCCGGCCCUCCCUGCAGUCGGAGGAGGACGUGAGCCAGUUUGACUCCCACUUCACGAGGCAGACGCCGGUGGACAGUCCAGACGACACGGCCCUCAGCGAGAGCGCCAACCAGGCCUUCCUGGGCUUCACGUACGUGGCGCCCUCCGUCCUGGACAGCAUCAAGGAGGGCUUCUCCUUCCAGCCCAAGCUGCGCUCCCCCAGGCGCCUCCACAGCAGCCCCUGGACCCCCAUCAGCCCCCUGAAGUUCUCGCCCUUUGAGGGAUUCCGGCCCAGCCCCGGCCCACCAGAGCCCCCGGAGCCCCCUCUACCCCCUCUCCUGCUGCCGCCGCUGCCGCCACCGCCGCCCUCGAGCACUGCCCCCCUCCCCAUCCGACCCCCCUCAGGGACCAAGAAGUCCAAGAAAGGCCGUGGGCGCCCUGGGCGCUAAGAGGGUGGGUGGAGAUGAGGGCAGCGGGACCCCGGGCCAGUUCCAGAGACCUGGGGCUGUGCCUAGGGGUACAGGAGCGAGUGUGCGUGAGUGUGUCUCUGCUGGGGGUGGCCGUGCCCCUGAAUCAUGAACACGAAGGACUGCAGACUACGGCUGCCAGUCGAGGGGGGCUGCCCCCCUGGCCUCCCGCAGUUGAGCUGUGCUCUUGGAUUAUUAAAGUAUUCAAUCAUG